GCAGGUGGCAGCAGAGAGAAGCAACGCUUCCUGCGAAGCCGACACAGUCACAACAAGAGGAGGAAGAGGAAGAACGACAGCUCUGGAUCGUCGUCGACUGCCUUGCGUGACAACACAGGGAUCGCGUUCAGGCUUCGGGUUGCUCCUGUUUUACCUGCAACAUGUCCGACUUGUUGAGAUAUAUCGACUAUGACCACAAAGCCACCUUCCUGAAGAUGCUCAACCAGCAGCGGAUGGAAGGCGAGCACUGCGACGUGGUGGUUGUGGUCGAAAACAUCGAGUUCAGGGCACACAGGUGUGUGUUGGCGGCUUGCAGCAACUACUUCAAAAAGCUCUUCAAGAAGCAGAGCGACGAGGACAACUCCAUCGUGGAGCUGGACUUCAUCCGUUCCGAUAUCUUCGAAGAGGUUCUUAACUACAUGUACACGGCCAGACUCGCUGUCAGGAAGAAGGACAUCAAUAUGAUGAUGUCAUCUGGACAAAUCCUGGGCAUCAACUUCCUGGACAACCUGUGCACCCAGAAACGAGAGCUGACCAACAUGAAGACCCGGGAGAACCAGGCGCCCGGGGAUCAUGGGAUGCGAGCUCAGGAUGCGAUCCUGAAGGAGUUGGCGAUGGAGGAGGUGAGAAAGAACAGCUUUUAUGAGCAGGGUAUGGACGGUAUGGGUCCUGGGGGGUCGCACGUUCCCCAGCCGCACAACUACAACACCAACAUGAGCAAAGACCCCCACAGUCACGGCUGGGGGUCCACCUCCUCCACCGACAUGAAGCUGGAGUACCUGCUGUACGGCCACCGCGACCACGGUUCCUGCCAGACCCCGGGCACAAAACCCAUGGACCACAACGCCAAAAAGGAGCGGCUGCUGACUGCCAACCGACCGUACGGCUGCGAGCACUGCCCCAAAGCUUUCACCACUGCCGCUCACCUCAAGGAGCACCUGAAGAUCCACUCGGGCUUUAAGCCGCACCGCUGCGUCGUGUGCGGCAAAGCCUUCAUCCGGGGUCCCGACCUUAAGCGGCAUGAGAGGGUUCACAGCAACGAGAGGCCCUUCGCCUGCCAAAUGUGCGAAAAAGCCUUCAAGCACAAGUCGCACCUGAAAGACCACGAGCGGCAGCACCGGGGUGAGCGGCCAUUCAACUGCGGCUCCUGCGACAAAGCCUUCAUCAAAGCGUCCGACCUGAAGCGCCACUGGAACACGAUGCACAGCGGAAACCCCCGCAGACAGAUGUCACUGUCUCCCGCCGCCUCCCAGCACGGCCAGGGAGACGCCCCCGACCAGAGAGACUGGAAAAUGGAGACCGGACCCCACUCGCAGACUCCGGAGACUGCUGAGCCCACAAACUCCCGGUGACAUCACAAACACAGGCGGCGACACACACAUACACACUCGUACAUUAAUACACACUGACGCAGCCGUGGCCUGUGAUGGGCAGCGUGGCCUGAGCUCACGUGGACAAUGAUCGCAGUGAGUAACUUGAGAUGAUAGCAUGUUCAUAAGACUGUGAGGCUGUAUUAUUGUUCCAAAAAGAGCUACGUUUAAAGUUGUUUUCUUCCUCCCCACUUGUAUAAAAAAAGAAAAAAAAUGUAAAUGUUUAGUUCACGCUACAUAUAUUUUUCACAAAGCGUCGCUAUCUAGACCGGGGUGGGGGUGGGGGGGUAUUGUCAUAACAUUAUUCUCUUUUACUUUUACGGGAUUUGUAACAUUUAAAUGUUUGUUUAACCUUUACUGAAUUUUAUGGAGAUAAGAGAUUUUUUUUUUUUUUCUGCAUAACAUUUGUUGCAUUGAGUAUAUUCAUGUGGAUGUUUUUAAAUGGAUGUGUUUAGUUGUAAUGAUUGAUUUACACUGUAAGAGUCACCACGUUGCAUUUGACACAGAUGAUACCAAAGUCUUGGGUCCUUGAUGGAUGGUCUUAAGAGACCGUCCCUGCCCCAAGCAACCAGCCAACUAGAUUUACUGUUAUACAGUAUAACUGUCAUCCAGCUAUCAACAGUCAAUGAUAGAUGUCUGUAUAUACUGUAGCUUAGUUUGUUGCACAGGUAAGAGUACAUGGUAAUUAAAUAUGCACAUAUAACAUUGUCCUACUCCUACACUUUGACAAUAAACACCAUUUGCUGUGUUUUAA